ACAACGUUUGUUUGCUCACAAUCUCAGAAAACAAAAACAAACCAAACAACCAUGUCAAGCACUCCAACACUGGAAGCAAUCCGGUACACGCGCGGGUCGCUCGACAUCCUCGACCAGCUGCAGCUCCCUGCACAGACCGUGUACGUGUCCAUCCCAGACAGCCGCGCGGCGUGGACGGCCAUCAGGUCCAUGCAGGUCCGUGGCGCGCCAGCAAUUGCCAUUGUCGCGGCGCUCAGCGUUGCCGUCGAGCUCGCCGCCGCGCCACGAGCAGCCUGGCCCAACGCACAGGCCGUCGCAGACCAUGUCCGGCUCGCGUUCGAGGCGCUGUGCACGUCGCGGCCAACCGCCGUGAACCUGUCCGAAGCAGCGUCGGCGCUCACCGCACGUGCGGCUGCGCUCGCCGCGUCCAACGCCAGCGUGGACACGACCGUUGACGCGCUGCUCAAGGCCAUGGAAGACAUGCUGCUCAAGGACGUCGCAGACAACCGAGCGAUCGGAGCGCACGGGCGAGCCGCCAUUCUCGCGGCAAAGUCCCAGGCUGCCAGUGCUGCCUCCUCAGUGUCAUCAUCAUCAUCAUCAUCAUCAUCAUCAUCAUCAUCAUCAUCAUCAUCAUUGCCGAAAAUCGCAGUGCUGACGCAUUGCAACACGGGCUCGUUGGCCACGGCUGGGUAUGGAACUGCUCUGGGCAUUAUUCGAGCUCUGCACGAGACGGGCAAGCUGUCGCAUGCGUAUUGCACCGAAACACGUCCGUACAACCAAGGUGCACGACUCACCGCGUAUGAGCUGGUAUAUGAGCGUAUUCCGGCAACGCUGAUUACUGAUUCCAUGGUCGCGGCCCUCAUGGCAUCUCGAAAAAUUGAUGCGGUCGUGGUUGGUGCAGACCGCGUCGUGGCAAAUGGCGAUACGGCCAACAAAAUUGGCACCUACCAGCUUGCCAUUGUUGCCAAGUUUCACAAUGUGCCAUUCUAUGUGGCGGCACCUACUACCUCCAUUGACCUUGACAAAGCCGAUGGCAGCAUGAUAACCAUCGAGGAACGGCCUGCAAGCGAGCUGACGCAGCUGAAUGGCGUUCGCAUCGCAGCGGCAGAUAUCGGCGUGUGGAAUCCAGGGUUUGACGUCACGCCUGCCGCGCUCAUUACCGGCAUCGUCACAGAGAAUGGUGUCAUUUCGGCACGGCGGGAAGAUGGCUCGUUUGAUGUGCAAUCCUUCCUUUCUCGAUGACAUGUUUUGGUUUUUCGUGGAUUGUUGAGCCUUUUAUUGUUGCUAAUUGAAGAGUAAACGAAUCUGUUUCCUUAACCAAG